GAGGCAGAAAAUUUUUUUGGCUUUUUUAAAGAGACAAAGGUCAUCGGCGCUUAUCAGUCUUCUUAAGGCAAAUUACGGGUAAAUACGGGGCUUUAUCAAUUUGAAUCCUUGAUCAGAUCUCUCGAGUUCUACAACUUAGCUUCUUCCAAACACUUGGACAUCUGAUCUCGACAGGUGCAUACAUCCAACAUUCAAAAUGCCAGCUGACGAUAUUCCAUUUCAUGUGACUUUUACUGCUGGCGCUGUUGCUGGUAUUUCCGAGGUGCUCUCUUUGUAUCCUUUGGAUGUGGUAAAGACACGUAUGCAGUUGGCUGUCGGAAAAUCUGAAUACACCGGAACCUUCGACUGCUUAAAGAAGAUCGUUCAGAAGGAAGGAGCUAGUCGUCUUUACCGAGGUAUCCUUCCUCCUGUUAUGAUGGAGGCCCCCAAACGUGCUCUAAAAUUUGCUUCCAAUGAGGCGUAUGGAAAAUUUUGGCGCAAGGUAUUUGGACAAAAGAAGUCCACACCUAGCCUUUCCCUUCUUACUGGCUCAUGUGCUGGAUUUACGGAAUCCUUUGUCGUCGUCCCCUUUGAGUUGAUGAAAAUCCGUCUUCAGGACGUCAACAAUGCUUCCAAAUACAAUGGAACUUUUGAUUGCUUAUCGAAGGUGAUCAAGCACGAAGGUGUUUUGGCCCUUUACAACGGCUUUGAGGCAACCAUGUGGCGUCAUGUUGUUUGGAACGCUGGCUACUUUGGCCUUAUCCAAAAAGUCCGCAAUUCUCUUCAACCUGCUACGAAUAGAGCUGGUGAAAUGUGCAAUAAUCUUAUCGCCGGUACUAUUGGUGGCAUCUUCGGUACUUUGCUAAGUACCCCUUUUGAUGUCGUCAAAUCCCGUGUACAGACUGCUCCUCGUAUCGCCGGUCAAAUCCCCAAGUACAAUUGGGCUUAUCCUGCUCUCUUUACUAUUGCUAAGGAGGAAGGCUUUACUGCUCUUUACAAGGGCUUUGUCCCCAAAGUACUCCGUUUAGGCCCUGGCGGUGGUAUCCUUUUGGUCGUUUUUAACUCGGUCGUCGGUGUUUACCAAAAGUAUAUGGCUUAAAAUGCUGGGAAGGGGUUAUUGUCCUAGUCCUUGCAUCUAUUUUAUUACUGGUGGUUUUGAAGCAAUCUGUUUCUACUUCUAGUAGUAUUUUUCUUUUAGUUCAUCUCUCUCUUCAUCCCCUCAUGUAUCUCUCAAAAUUUAAUUUUUGGGCCCUCUGUAUACUUCGUUUUUUUAAUUUAGGGAGCAUAGUUUUCGUAAUACUUACCUGAAGCUCGUUUUUAAAGCCAAUGCGAAUUCUCAUGACUUAUAGAUUAGAUUCACGAAGCAUACAGUUUUGUUUCAUUCAUUUGAGGCUUUACCUUCGUCUCAUAGCGAUGGGUGUUCUCUCAAAAGCAAUGCUUUCCUUUCUUGAGCAAAUAAUAUUGAAUGAAAAAACGACUUAGUUAUGAAAACAUUCUACAAUCUUGUUUAUAGACAACUACAGAAAUGAAUAUGAAAACUGAUUUUGCGUUUUCUACUUCUUACAUGCUA